AUGACGGCCCAAGCAGCCUUCGAAAAACUCAAAACCCUGUUUACGUCUGCGCCGAUCUUGGUACACUUCUCUCCAGAUCGCCAGACUAUCGUGGAAACGGACGCAAGUGAUUUUGGUAUCGCCGCAAUUCUAUCCCAGGUUAUUGACGGAAAGACUCACCCUGUUGCCUUUUAUUCUCAAAAGCUUAACCCAGUGGAGCUUAACUACGACGUGUGGGAUACGGAGAUGCUAGGAAUUGUGUCGGCCUUCAAGCAAUGGCGUCACUACAUCGAAGGACCUAGUCGAACGGUUCUCGUUUAUACGGAUCAUAAGAACUUAGAGUACUUCUCUACAACCAAGGUUCUUAAUCGACGACAGGCAAGGUGGGCUGAGUCUUUGGCGGAAUUUGACUUCAAGAUUAUUUACUGCCCGGGAACCAAAAAUAGGAAGGCAGAUGCACUAUCGCGACGGCCGGAGUACCGUCCUGAAGGGGGAGGCAUGCUUGGGAAACAGCCAAUAGACAGGUUCUUUAAGCCCGGACAGUUGGCGGAGGAAGAGUUUGUGGUAUCAGCGGUGUCGCUUGCCUCCAAGGGGGUGAUUGACUGGUCUAAGAACUUUCUGGAUCAUGUCAGGCAGGCGGCAUCGGGAGACCCGACAUGGGUAGGAUUGAAAGAGAGAGUUGAGCAGGGAGAGAAGCUGGGGGAAAUAAACGAUAUCGCUGAGAAAGACGGGCUACUCUUCUAUAAGAACCGACUCUAUAUUCCGGCAGACGACCGCAUUAAGAUCCGAAUCGCACAGGCAGAACACGAUUCGAAGGUGGCAGAACACUUUGGACAAGAUAAAACUUUGGAACUCAUCACACGCAACUUCUAUUGGCAAAAAAUGAACGAGUGGAUUGAUGAUUACGUUCGGUCAUGUGACGAGUGCCAGCGCAACAAACCCAGCCGCCAUAAGAAAUACGGCGCGCUUCUACCACUGUCCACGCCUCAUUCUGUCUGGCAAUCGAUAUCAAUGGACUUCGUCGUGCAGUUACCGGAAUCAAAGGGCUACAACCAAAUUUGGGUAGUAGUCGAUAGGUUCUCAAAGAUGUCGCAUUUUAUCUGUUACGGGCAUGCCAAGCAUUUACGGAGUGAGAGAAAGGCUAGUAGAUACCCCUAUACCCUUUAA